AUGGUGCACGAACAAGAAAAGCGAAUGCAAGUUACAAUGACCUUAGGUGAUAAUGAGAAAAUAGCAAAGCACGCUAUGGAGAUGUACAAAGAAAGAGAGCUGGAGCUGGAGGAGAAACUAAAAUCAAAAGAGCUGUACAUCGGAACAAUUAUGGAAAACUUACAGAAAACCGAAGAGACGGCAAGACGUGCGGUUGAGCGACAACAAACCGAAAAAGAGGACGAAAGAGCAAAAGCUGCGAAAGAGAAGUGCUCACUGGCAGCAGAAAUGACGAAAAAACUCGAGUAUAAGCAGCAGCAUGAAGACACUUUGACAAAAAUUGUAGAGGAGAAAGAGCAAAAUGAGACGACUCUGAAAAAGCAAGUUGAAGAAUUAAAGAAAGGAAGGGAGGAAGACGGGUCGAGAGCUGAGAAAAAGGAGCGCUCAUUGGCAGCAGAAAUGAAGAAAAGACUCGAAUCUAAGCAACAACGCAUAGACACUUUGACGAAAAUCGUAGAGGAGAAAGAGCGAAACGAGAUGAUUGUACGACAGCAAGUUGAAGAGUUAAAGAACGAAAGGCAGGAGGACAGAGCGCGAUUUGAGCAACUUGAGCGUGAGACCUGGAAGCUAAGAACCAACAUUCAAUUAGAAAGCGAGAUACGAUCAGCAGAACAGAAGAAGAAAACAGAGACACCUCAAUGGAUGCAGAGUUUAAUUCCCUGGAUGAAUUCUGGAAAGCCGGUUCAGAGUGGGAUAACUUCUUCUGAAGAUAAUUCAAUUAGAGAAUGCUAUCCACCAGGAAGGAGUACUUCAUCAGAUGCAGACGUUGAACUACCCAAUGAUGAGUUUGCAGACAUCUUGAAGCAGAUAGCUGACGAUCUUUCCGAUGAGGCCAAGAUCGAUAGCUUGGGUAGUCAGCUUGGAGUUCUACGGGGUGACAUAGCAAGAGCUCUCAAGACCAACAUGAGAUACGAACAGAUCACCAGUAGAGGAACCCAUCUCAUGCUGAAACAAUGGAGAAGAGGUGUGUCCAGGGAAGAUGAACGGGUGGAACUGAGGAGGGCGCUUGUGGCUGCCAAAUUAUUGGACCUUGCUGACCAUUAUUUUCCACAAGGAACAGGAACAGGACCAGGACACUCUAAAAAAAUGGAAGAUUCUCAAAAGCUAUUCGUGAUGGAUAGCACAUCUGCAGCACAAUGUUCCUCAGGAGGACAAACCAACGUGUCUUCUAACGAGCCGUUUGAAGAAGGAACUAACACAUCGGAUAAAGGGGGUGUAGAAGAUAUCGGCAUCAACUAUAGCGACUGGCUUUCUAACAUCGCCUCGACCGAGACAUCUUCGGAGAAACUAGUGAUGCUUUUAUGCAUGAAAGUAGUUAUUGAUGUUCCUCAAAAAGCCUUUGGUGGAUAA